AAAAUGAUGGAAAACACGGUGUUUAUGUCCUUUACGUUCUACAGCACGAUCUUGAUUUUAAAAAUGUACGUCAUUGCCAUCAUUACGGGACAAGUGAGACUCAGAAAGAAAGCGUUUGCAAACCCGGAGGAUGCUCUGCGCAAUGGGGGGCUGCAGUACUACCGUGAGGACCCCGACGUGGAGCGGUGCCGCAGGGCCCACCGCAAUGACAUGGAGAACAUCUUUCCCUUCCUCUUCCUUGGAGCCAUCUACUCCCUGCUGGAUCCCAGUCCCACAGUGGCCAGGAUCCACUUCUUCAUCUUCUGCGUGGGGCGCAUCAUCCACACCAUUGCCUACCUCCUGCGGCUGAAGGCGCCCACUCGCUCCGUGGCCUACAGCGUGGCACAGCUGCCCUGCUUCUCCAUGGCUCUGCAGAUCCUCCUGGCCACCAUCCCGUACUGGUAA